GACUGUGUUUGUUCAUGUCCACAUGUUGACGUGGUUUGAAAGAGCUGCAGACUUUCUGAAAAUGGAAGAAUACAAAGGCGUGAAGGACCUGCCCAGCCUUAUUGAGACCUUUUUUGAUUUUUUCCUGCGUUUGCCUCCUUCUGUUGAAGACAGAGGUGAGCUCACCAGCGUCUUCCUGCUGCAUGUUGGAGUGGUUGGGACCGACCCAGACGUCACGUUUAGUUUGAGAUUAGAGGCUAUAAGAACGAUUAACUCGAUCCUCGACAAUACCACAAAAGAAGAGAGGAGGAAACUGAGCAUGUCCAAAGACCAUUGUCUACUCCUUGAGCAAUUUGCAAAAGUCAUUCUCAAUGUGGGCGACUAUGAGAUGCAGGUGGCCCUAUCCGAAGCACUCUGUCGAAUGACUAUAAAGAGGUCGAGGAAAGAGCUGACCAGCAAGUGGUUUGCCAACCCAGUUUUUGCAGAGGGCUUCAACGCAAUAAACGAUACAGAAUUUGAGAUAGACUGCAGAACUUUUCUCAAUGACUUGAACAGCUAUUUUGGAGAUGAAAGAAGGGUGUUCACGUUCCCCUGCAUCUGUGUGUUUCUUGACACCACUGAGCUGUUCAUGCCAGAGGAUGAGAAACUGGAACAUUUCUGGGUGGACUUCAACCUAGGAACGUCCUGUAUCAGCCUCUUUGUCAACAACCCCGAGGGUUCACUGUGGGAAUCAAUCCAUUUGCUAAGAGCAGACGUCUUUAGGUUCAGUGUGUGUGACUGUGAUAAUCAGACCAUUCUGACUGUUCACCUGUCCAACCCCCUCACCUAUCGCAUGACCAAGGGAAAGAUGGUCCAGAUCAUCUUCGAUUCCAAGCAUGACAUCCUGGACGCUGCCAAGAGAGUCUUUGAAAGCAAACGACUACUGCAAAGUGUACGUUCAGAUGACCAGCCAUCGAUACAACACGUCAUGGAACCUUUGCAAUCAGAUCUUGACGUGCUAGCUGCAUUGGAGACCUCAUCACUGUCCCCUACUCUGGCAACUGCAGGCAGCACAGAGAUCCCUGCUGUAAACCAGACCAGUCUGGCAACAACUCUGUCUCAGGAAAGAAUUGAAACUUCACCGGAGGACAUAUUUGAACUGUGUGCCAGCUCUGACACUGAGGUGGCCAGAGCAAAAACAAGGCUCUUCAGCACUCAGUCUCUCUCCUCUGGCGGGUCAACACACUCCACCCCAACCAACAAGGAGAAACGGAAGGAAAAGUCUAAAUCAAAAGACUCUCCUCCUCCCCCUGCUGAGGCUGGCAGCAGUGUGAUCCUGUCCCAGCGGGCCAAACACGACUACACCAGGAAGAAGCCCAAAACCAAGAGCAAACUGAAGAUUCUACCCCUGUCCUCUCCCAGCAGUGCAGACGAGGCCUCCCCUGUCAAGCACCGUACACCAGCAUGCAGAUCAGCGGGGGGAACACCAAGUACAAACAUUGCAGAACGGCUAUUUGACAAGCUCAAAGAGGAAGAAUCUCUGGAGUUUCCUCCUCCGUCCAACCAGAUAUCACGAGAUUCAGGCUUCCGUGAUGUGACUGGGGAGGACUGGGACGAAUCUGUUUUUCCCCGAGAGGAACAAGAUGCAUCUACACCUACUGACCAUGUUCCCAAUCAGGAGGCUGGAAUUCAUAGGAAGAGGCCUUGGGCAUCAGCAGAGCGUGCCGACUCGGGAGGUGCAGCGGAGAAGAAGAGUGUGCCGCUAGAAAGUGAUCCAAGGCAAAGACCCAGGGCCUUCUUUCCCUCAGAACCUCUCGAGGAGGCUGCUGAAUCAAUGAGCAGAGUGCUGAAUGAGGAGGUGGAGUCUGAGAUGGAGAUGGGCUCUGGAGUCAUCGCUGCUUUCCAGACCUUCAAGAGCCAGCUGAGAGCGCACUUCUCGUCCAGGUACAAGAAAAUUGAAGCCCGCUCCCUGCAGUCUCUGAUGGACUGUCAGAAAAACGUCACUUCUCUCCUGGGUGCUGUCCAUGACAGCAGGCUGGUCCACCUGGAGCGCUUCCAGGCCACCGUAGUCCAGGAGCUGGGCCGCCUGGAGAAUGACUGCAUCUCGCUCAAAGAGAUUGAGUGUCAAACUGUGAACUUUUGGCAGAGCGAGUCUCAGUCCGUGCGGUCGUUCUGUGACCGACAGCAGCAGAGGUUAGAGUCGCUAGGAGAGCCCAGCGAUGGCUGGAGGAGCAGCAUGUCACAGAGGGAGGAGGCUGCAGCACCACCGGAACCUCCAAAGUAGAAAGCCGGUGACAAAGGAAAUAGAUAAGACUCUCCAGGUCCUGAUGAAACCAACACCACCUUGGACCUUUAUGCUGACAUUGAACCAUGAGUGACGUCGUACAGACGCGUAAUGGCUGAUAGACCAUGACCAAAGUUUUCACACAGGCAAUGACCUACCUUGCUCAUUUUUUUCUGCCAUUGUUCAAAAUACACUCAGAGCUAAUACAUGAAUAGAUAAAGGAUAAUAAUAGGCUGAUGAAUUUCAGGGACUUGGUUAGACAUCAGAGAGCAAGGCAGACCAUUCGUGUUUAUUCUUUUUUUUUUAAAUAACUUUUGUCAUGUUUGUCGAUAGCCACUCAGACAUUCAGUGAUUGAUUGAGAAAUGCAAUGUAUGAAGUCUACGAAAGUCGUCAAGAAAGCCUGUAAAAUAUAGUUUUUCUAAAGAACCAGUCAAAUGUUUACUAUGUUUUGCAUCCAUAAACUUACAUUCAAAUACAGUGGGAUAUAUCAGGUAGGUUUAGCAGUGUUUAAGGCAUCUUUAGUUUAACAAUGAUUUGAGUGAAUGCUCUGGAGGGAUAUUUUUGUUGAGUACAUACCGCAGGCUAUAUUCAAUAAAGGCAUAGUUGUGGCCAAAUAUAUUGGCACCCUUGCACUUUUCUUAAAUAAUUCCCUCUAAAAUAAGUUAGUAACUUUUGCAAUGUUCAACCCAGUGAUAUUGGAUUUUUUAACAUUCCAGAAUUUAACAUUUUUGUGAACUUGUUUAUAAAAAAAAAUGUGUUUAGAAAAUACAGGCAAAUGGCAUGGACAAAAUGAUUGCCACUCUGGAGCUAGUACUUGAUUGCUCAGUCUUUGGCCAAGAUAACGGCAGACAAAUGCUUCUUGUAGCUAUCAAUAAGCUUGCUGCACCUUUUCUACUGACAAUUUGGCCCACUUUUCAGCAGCAAAUGGCUCUAAUUUGUCAAUGUUUGAGGGGUGCCCUCCACCAACUGCUGUUUUCAGAUCUCUCAUAGGUUUUGGAUGUGAUUCAGAUCUGGACUUGUCACUGGCCACUUCACAACAGUCAAGCAUCUCUUUUACAUUCCUGGGUGCAUUUUGUGUGUUUGGGGUCGUUGUCGUGCUGGAAGAUCCACAACCAUUAACAGAGACAGUUUUUUGGCUACUGGGUUGAACAUUGGACUCCAACACAUAAUCUGCUGAUUUCAUGAUGCUUUGUGCACAUUCAAGGCCCCUAGUACCAAAAGCAAUGUAACCCUGCAGCAUUAUCAAACCCCAUAUUUGAUUGUACGGAGGGUGUUCUUUUCAUUGAAAACUUCAUUUGGUUGUCAGUAAACAGUGAGGAUCUGAAAUUGCCAUAGAACUCAUUUGUUUCUUUGGUCACAUAACAUUGAAGUGUUUAGUUUUUGUGUAGUUAAAGCAGGCUUUCUUGUCUCCAUCAGCAGUGUGGUCUUGCUAUGUUUACCAUCAACCAAAUAAAGCGUUCAAAGAAAAGAACACCUUUCCUACAAUUUAUUAGAACGAGGCUUGAUAAUGCUGUGAGGUUGCUUUGGUGCUGGGGUCCUAAAUGUGUGCAAGACCUCAAUCUCCCGUUUGAGUUCAAAGUUCAACCAAGUGUCCAAAAACGCUCUUUGAGCAGGACAACCUAAAACACAAACAAAAAUCUCCCUGGAAUGGUUCAAGAAGAAACACUGGACUGUUCUGGAGUGGCCAGUGAAGAGUCCAGGACAUGGUUUCCCAAAAGCAUCUUCAGGUUAAGUUCAUUAUAGAAUUGAUGGUUCUAAAGACUUGAGCCUUAAGAUGCAAAUGGGAAACCGGGCCCAGAUUCCAAUCCAUAAAAUCCAAGAUGGCAGCAUGUCAAGUUUGUCUGUGACUAGGAGAUUGUUAACCUACUA